GUCUGGUUUCCCAUAUAAACAAUCCUUGCGUGUUAUGAAAAAAACGGUUUCAGUUUCACUGUGGAUUUCCCUUUUUCGAUUCGUAUAAUAAUUGGAAACCACUAAAACUAAAAUGAGUAAAUCAUUUACCUCAAGAUCUGUAUAUCAGACUCAAACAAGAGGUAGAGGCACCAAUUCAAGAGGAAGAGGAACCCAUCCGAUACAACCACAGCAAGUUGGAAUUCGACCCGCUGCUAGUACUACGAGUACUACUAGAACUACGCCUAUCCCAGCAACGGCAGCUAGCAGUAGUAGAUCAAGUACAAGUAAUAUGAACCACGGUUACAACAACAGUAUAGGCGCUGGGGCCAGAAGAACAAAUUUAAAUUUUGGAGAAGGUUUGCCACCAAGGCAACAGAAUGACUAUGACGCUGGUGAGGAAUACAACCAGGCAAGAGGGAUAAAUCAUGUACCAACUGCUCAAGGGGACACAAGUCAAGGCCAAUACUCUGGUGCUUACACUGUUUAUACACCAAAUGAACAUAAACGUGAAAAAGUUCGAGCAAUGGCUCAGAGAGAAACCCAAGCAUAUGAAGAGUAUAAAAGAGCCAAUGCAGCGAAAACAUACAAUUAUGUUGGGACCGUGGGUGGUGGGGAAAUAGAUGAAGAGCAAGCAAGGAGGACGCAGGCAAAUGAUGUCAGGUUACAAAAAUUCAACAGGCUUCAACGUCAACAAGAUUUAAGAGCUGAAAGAAAGAGAGCUGAGGAAAAAGAAAUUGAAGCCAAACGUGCUGAAGCCAGAAGAAAGGCUGAGCAAAAUGAGUUAAGACUACAGGAAAGAGUUGCCCCUCCUGAAGAGCUACGAAGACAGCGAGAGGCAUUCCUGAAUAAGUUAGAAAAGAAGUCACCGUAG